AUGGCGAAGGAUGGAGUUGAGAUUUUGGGCUUCAGCUUUAUCCGUAAGUUUUCUGGAAAUUAGAAUUUCUUGGAUAAAAAUUUGAGAAAAGUAUCGAAGAUUGUUCAGUAUUAAAAAUCUGAGACUUUCAGAUCUUUUUUUGGAAUUCAGAACAAGACUUUUCUUUUCAGUGUCAGCAUCUGGCGAAUCACCAACCUUCGAAAAACGCACAUAUCUUUCUGUGGAAUACAAAUUCCACAGAAAGUUGUGUCACGUGGAUAUUCCAAUGAAUCGAGAAGAGUUUGGCGAAAUUCGAGAAAAUUUAUAUGAUUCUAGGGUUUUUGAUAUUUUGUUGAAAAAUAAUAAAUUGUAAAUAUUUUUUUUCUUGUUUUUUUUUUUGGUUUUCUGAAAAUGUUCGCUAGUCACAGUGAAAUUAUCUGUUUUUUUUUUUUGAAAAUUUGCAGAUUACGGAGAUUUUUGAAGCCGAAAUCAAUAUUCUUGGACAGAGUCAAGUUCUUGAAAAAAAAUUAAUGAGCAAAUCAAAAAUUGGCCAAGUCAUAACUCAUUUUAAAAUUUUCUAGAUCUGUCUCAGAAAGAAAGUCGAUCUAGACUAAAAAAUUCAGAUUUGAUUCUUGAUGUGAACAAAAAAAAACUUAAAAAAGUUGUUUCAGAUGGAAUUAGAAACACGUGUCAGCCAUGCCCUUUCAUUUGGUAUGAAGGAUUUGCCAAAACAUCGACUCCGAUAUUUCGAUGCAAUAGGAGUGGUCCAUUCAAUAGUCAAAACCACGAGAAGCUGUUAUGUGUUGAGGUUGACUAGAAUGGAGAUGAUUCCGUUGCAAGUUCAGUGAGUUUUUUUUUUGAAAUCUUUGAAGAUAAAAAUCUUUUUUUUUUAAAUAUUUUCAGCGCCUAUUAUAGUGAAUUCUUUGUAUGUAAACCCGAUUUCAUCUCAUAUUUCAUCGUCGAACCGAUUUAUAAUGUCCCCGAAGAUCAAAUUUUGGAUAUAAUCAUCUAUGAUGAACAUGUCGAAUUCCUAACAACCAGCCUGAAAUCCGGCGAUUUUGUAUGUCUAACAAAUCUUCAUUAUUAUAAUCGAAAUGGUUCGGAUGGGGUUUGUUUGCAUGGCCGAAAUAAUAAUCAUGUGAAUUCGAAUGAGCGAGGAAUCUAUUUGAUUCCCGAGGAUUUUGAGGAUUCGGAUGGAUUGUUUUUGCCGUUGAAGAGAGUGAUUCAGCAACAAUUGGAAACGCUUCGAUUGCCACCCGCAACUGUUUUGACGUGAGUUGGGUUAGGGGAGAUAAAGUGAUAUUUUUGACUUGAAAACAGGAUUUUUUGGCUUUUUUUUUCAAUUGAAAAAAUUGAAAGAUUGAAUUUUCGCGUCAAAAAUUAUCUAGAACUCAAAAAAUUCGAAUUUCAAGCUUUUUUUCAUUGAAAAAAAUGACACGAAAUUGAAAUUAAAAUAAAAUUUUUUUAGAACUUCUAAAAAAUCUAGAAUCCUAUUUUCAGAACGAUAAAUGCUCCAAACAUCGCAACUUCUUCAAAUAUAAAUGAGAAUUCCAAAGAAACUCAAACUCAAGGUGUUUAUUUCGAUACUCAAACCGUAGACAUUGCUUCCGAAUUAUAAAUCCAAAUACUUCCUCUAUCCCCCACAUUUCGCACAAAUUUUGAGAUUUUUGCUCAAAAUUUCGCCGCCUGUCACAUUCUCCUCGCAACUUUUUCUCGCCAUGGCGACUUUUGAAUUUUUUGUUGAAUUAUGAAUUUUUUGUGAAUUUUCUUGUUUUUGUAUUUUUUUGGCAGUUGAGAAACUCCUACGAUAUUUAUCCUAGAAAAUAUCUGAAAAUUUCAGGAAAGACAAUUACAAAAUUUGACUACACGACGAUUUUUUGGAGAGGUAAAUUUUUUUUGAAAAAAAUUCUGAAAAUUUGAAAAUUCAAAAAAGGCUCUAGAUUUCUAAAGCAGCCCGCUCGAAAUUCUGCCAAAAAUGCGAAUAUUUAUCCAUCAUCAUUUCUCAUCCUCAUUUUUGACUGAGAAUAUUUAUUUUCUUUUUUUUUGGUGGUGCUCGAUUGUUUUUCGGCUUUUUUUGCCCCGCAUUUUUUAUUCCGUCCGCGCGCGCUCCUCUCAUUUUAUUUAUUUAUAUUUUUCGCCAACUUUUUGCGUGGACCACCAAAAAAGGCGGAAAAAACACAUUGAAAACAACAAAAAUAUUUGAAAUGUUUACGGAAAUUUGAAUAUUUUUUGGGGCGGGAGAAAGCUUGCUGAAUCUUAGAUUUGUAUGUGUUUUUUGAGCUUUUGAAAUUUUAAGGUCCUGAAAAUUUUAAAAUUUAAAAUUUCUCGAAAAUUGAAAAAAAAGCCACGUGAAUUUUUUACUUGAGAAAAAUUAUAGUCAGAUCUUGUCCUUAAAAAUUCCACGUGGUAUAUUUUUUGAAAAAAAAAAUCUGUAAAGAAUCAGAAUACUUAUGUUUUCAGUUUUUUUUUUGGAAUCCUCCUGAAUUUUUAAUGUGUUUUCAUAUAUAUUUUUCGUAGAAUUUCUGAAAUAAUUUGCAGAUUUUUCCUCCAAAAAAUUGCCACGUUAUUUUUUCCGGUUUAAUUUUCCCCUUCUUUUUUUCACACAUAGCUAGAUAAUUAUGCUCUUUCAAUUCGACCUUUUUUCAUCUUUUUUUCCUUGCGGAAUUCAACCGGAUAAAAUUAGAAAUAAGAAAGAAAAGAGUCAUUUUUCGAUCUUUUUUGCUCUUUAAAAAAUCCACGGGGGGUUUUUCUGUCAAAUAAAAAUUGAAUUAUCUUCGGGGAGUUCCUCUAACAAGGAAUGGUUUUCAAUGUUCCCCCAAGGAAAAAAUCGAGAGUAUGUGGAAUGUUGAGGGUUCCCGUGGGUAAGAAAACCCUAACGGGAAUAAGGAGAAAAAUGCCUAAUUCUCGAGAAAAAAUGAAUUUUAGGUCGAUUUUUACACCAUUUUUUGAUUUUUAGAGCAUCUGUAACUCGAUUUUGAAUCUAUUUCAUGAACUUUUGAGUCGUGGAAAUUGUUCAGAAUGGUCGAUUACGUGUUUGUGAAACUUUUUAUCAAAAAAUUAGACAUUUUUUGAAAUUUGGUUUUUUUAGUCGGGGUUUUUCUGAUCAAAUGGUCACCAAAAAACACAAAAAAUAAUUUUUUCCAUUUUCAAAUGAACGGAACUUGAAAAAUUUAUGACGGUCAACAGACGUAAUUUGGUCCGUAGAAUCCAAAAAUCAUAGUCUCGAUUCACACAAACUUCUCCUUCACAACGAAAACGUUGAUUUUCUAUGAAUUUUUCAAACUGGAUUUUUGAUUUAGUGGACUUUUGGGACCAAAAUUAUUUUAUUCCUAAUUUUAGUCGAAGUAAUACUAAAGUACGCCGUUUGCGCUACAAAUGGAUUUUUAGACUGACAUUUUUCAUCAAUUUUGAAAAAAGUUUCGAUUUUUCUAAAAAAUUUCAUCGCAAAAAUCAAUAACACCAAAAUUUUCUAAAACAAGGCAUUUUUCUCCUUAUUCCCGUUAGGGUUUUUCUUACCCAUGGGAACCCUCAACAUUCCACAUACUCUCGAUUUUUUCCUUGGGGGAACAUUGAAAACCUUUCCUUGUAAGUGAACAAAUGCCUUUAGGGUGCACUUUAGAUUUUUGUGACAUCUGAAAAUGAUGUGUAAACCUCAGAAUCUAUGUGGCCUCUUGAAUAACACACCCCAUGUUUUUUUGCCAGUAGAUCAUGAAAAUUCCCCAAGGAGUAUAUUGCUAGGCCCAAAUUACACCCGGAUUUUUUUCUUGUCAACAAGAUGAAAAAACAUUCUAGAUUUUCAGCUGCUUCUGCUGAAAAAAUUGGCGAAUUUUCAGCUGCUCUAGUUGAAAAUAAAUAAAAAAAUGUAGCUCGCAUGUGGGAUCGAACCUGCGAGCAAAAGGGUUGCUAGAUUGCGUGCAGCGCCUUGGACCACUCGGCUGCGCGUGCAUUUUUUUGAAGCAGCGAAAAUGUUGCAGACCAUCUCGCUGCGUGUUCACGGAUUUUCCGCUUUCCGCCAGCUCAAAAUUAUUCCAAACAUCAAGAAUCAAUUUUAAUUGCUGUGAAAAAGCACCACACAAAAAGUGCGAUCUUUUUUUUCGCUCGAAUUUUUUUCCCGAGAGAAUAUUAUAUUUAUUUUUUUGUGUGGGUAAAACUUCUUCUUUUCUGACGAUUUUCCCCCGCAAAAUUCUAUUUUUCGGACUUUUUCAAAUUUUUUCACGCAGAAAAUGUUUCCAGAAUUUUUUUCUCGCUCACAAAACUCAUCUGAAAUUGAUGAAAAAUUUGUGUGCACUUUUCUUGACAAGCGCACAUUUUUUCAGCAGAAGCUAGGCUAAAAAUUUCUCUGCAUAAAGAAAAAAGGGAGAAAAGAAAGAAAUCCCACCAAUUUUUCAUUAGUCCUUGAGAAAUGCCUUUUUUAGAGCUUUCUCAUUUCAUUUUAGUUGAGUUCACUUUUCUUUUCGAAAAAAGAGGCAAUGAAAUUUGAACUACGGUAGUUUUAUAGCUUUGUGGGUGGUCUGAAUUUUAGUUAGCUGUUUUUAGCCAAACGUAUUUUAAGACCCCCAGAUUUUCCAAAAAAAAAUUCCCCAAAGGGUUCAAAAUUUCCCAGAAAAACUGCACUUUUAAGACACGUUCAAUCUUUUUUUUUUUCAAAAAAAAAAAAAAGAAAGUUUACCCAUUUUUUUUUCAAAAAGUUCAUCGAACUCACUCUUUUUUUGCUUUCUGACUUAUUCACAUUCUUCUAGCCAACAAAAAACAUCACAUCUAUCAUUUCAGCCAAAAAGCCCUCCGGGGACACACAAUUUUCCCUCUUCUGAAGAUGACUUUGCGCCUUUCUCAGAUUUUUCUUUGAUUCGUUUUGUUAUGUGAACUGCAAGCUUCCGCUCGAAAAAAAGCAAAAAAAUUAGCGCGCAUGCGGGAUCGAACCUUGCAAAAUGUCCGCUAGAUUGAGCGCAGCGCCUUAGACCACUAGGCUACGCGGGUAUUUUUCAGCGUGGUGAAAAUGUUGCAGACCAUCUCGCUGCGUGUCCACACGGCCUUCAUCCCCCGUUAGAUUUUUUUGUCUGCGUCGUUUUGCACUAUUUUCUUCUGCAGUUUUUAGUCGACACUAUUUGUUUGAAGAUUAAUAGACAAAAAAUAAGUGUGUUCAUUUUUCCGAGAAGAAAAUAAUAAGAAGAAAAUUGACCUGAGUAUUUUUCCAACAAAAAAAAUUGAAUUCGAAGUCUGGCUGAUCUUGAACUUUGGAAAAUACAGGAAACCUCUAGAAAAAGGGCUACAAAAAUUUAGCUCUUCUCUCUGAAAAAACCGAACACAUAAAUACCCCAAUUCAAUUUUCCAGAUGGAAUUCACUCGCGAAGCUCUUUUGGCUGAACUCGAACUCAAAGAUGAGAUCAUAGAACAAUUGAGAAAAGAGCUCGAGAGUUAUCGAAUGCAAAAUUCGACUCGAAAAACUGCCGUUUCUUCUGAGCCCGAUGUUCAAGUGAAUCGAACGAUUAUUGGGAAAAGUGAUGAGUUAGUUUAAAUAUUUUUGGUUGGGUUACUGUAAAAUUUCUGUAGAUCAAAAAAGUUCAAUUUUUUCUUCUGAAAAUUUUAAACAUAGGUUAAUCAAAAUCAAAAUAUAAAUACAUUUUUCUGAUUAACCUGUGCAAUUGGUAAUUUCUCUUCAUUAGCUUUAGAGAUCUAAUAUGAGCAAUCCUAAUUUUUCUCAAAAAAAAUCUUGAAGAAAUAGGAUUGCUCAUAUUAGAAAGCUAAUGAAAAGAAGUUAACAUUAAUAAAGAGAAAGGGUUGCUCAUGUUAAUCAGAAAUUUUUAAAGGGGGUAUACCCUAUUGUCUCUUGUGCAAAGUGUGAUACAUCAUUUGAUUCAGAAUUUCGUGUUAUGUAUGCACAAAAAUUUUAGCUCUCAAAACGCAUUCUAAGUACACGUUUUUUGCGUCCAAACAGGACCAAAAUCUGCUCGAAAUAAAAAAGAACACACAAGAAAGAGAGACGCAGACUCUCGCUGUCUGCCAGCCAGCCAGCAUGUGUAUUGUUUUUUUUUGAAUUUUGUGUUCAACAACUACGGUAAGUCUGAAUAUACCGUAAUAAACUUAUAAAAAUUUAAAAAAAGAAGAAAAAACAAUACACAUGCUGGCUGGCUGGCAGACAGCGAGAGUCUGCGUCUCUCUUUCUUGUGUGUUCUUUUUUUUAUUUCGAGCAGAUUUUGGUCCUGUUUGGACGCAAAAAACGUGUACUUAGAAUCCGUUUUGCGAGCUAAAAUUUUUUGUGCAUAUAUAACACAAAAUUCUGAAUCGAAUGAUGUAUCACACUUUGCACGAGAGACAAUAGGGUAUACCCCCUUUAAUGAGUAAUCUUUCGGGGUACCUUGUAUUAGAAGAAAAAAAAAUUAACAUUAGACAUCUUAUAGGAUUGCUCAUGUUAAUCAGAAAAAAAACCAUUUUUGCACAAAAUUCCUAAGGCUCUUCCCACCUUCCAACUUUUUUUUUAAAUUCCAAUGACGAACGCCGGCGAAAAGUAGCAUUUUUGCACGAAAAACGUCAUAACAAAUUUGUGCUUUCUCCGAAAGACCGAAAUAAUUUCGUGCUCUUCGCAACAACUUCGCAAAAAUAAUCCGCUGCGCAAUGCAAUGCAAUGUGUGUCUACAAACUGUUUAUUGUGCUCACAGUAUCAUCAUAUAUCAUUUCUAAAUUUUCGAACCUCCUCCCUCCCAUUCCUAUUUCAUUUAGUCUAACUUGCCUUAUUUCUCAAAGGGAACAUUCCUGAAUUCGAAUUUGACUAGAAUGAAAUCUCUGAGAUAUCGUAGAGAUCUUUUCCGAUUUAGAACAUCUAGGUAUAUUCCGACAAGGUUAGUGCAAAUUUUUUUUUGAAACUAUUUUUCCACGUGGAAUUAUUGGGCUCUUAUUUUGCCACGUGGAAAAAGACCACACUCCAGAACUUGUAGAAGAAAUUUGGGCACGAAAACCACGUGGCAAAAAAUUUUGAAUUUUCUGAAAAAAAUAAGUAUUGCUCAUAUUAAACGUUUGAAGGUUACUGUAUAAAAAAAUAUCUAAAUUUUUUUUCUAAAUUCCAGUUUUUCGCCGAAAUAUCGUGUAGCUCAGGUUAAUGUUGUAAAUUUGGACUUGAAAUUGACAUGAAAAAAUAUAGAUUUUCAAAAGCAAAAAUUAAGAUUAUCUACAUUUUCUUAACUCUAAAAAUCCACGUGGCAGAUAUGCUGAAAAUUCAAACCUAAGCUUAAGAGACUGGACUUAAAAGCCUAAGAACCCAAGCCUAAAUUUUCUUCUAGAGCAUUUGAGACAAUCGGCAACGCAUUAUGUCGAAAUGCCUUUCUACGAAACCUGGAUUCAAGUCAGAUGGACAAAAUCGCAUUGUCAAUGUAUCCAGUGGAAGUGGCGGCUGGUGCAAUUAUUAUAAGACAGGGUGAACUUGGAAGUAUCAUGUAUGUCAUACAAGGUUCGUUCUGUGUGAAAACUCAUUUUCAAUUUUUCCACGUCAUAGCUAUGUAAUUUCUGCCCAAAAACAAUACAUUUUCUAUUAAAAAAAUAAAAACGUGACUCCAAUUUUUCCCGCCUGAAAAAAAAUCGAGUCAAAAUCAAUUCAAAUUUGUGGCGUCAGUCGAAAUGGCUGACAUGAUUAUUGAAUUGUGAAGUGUGAGUUUGGGAUUGGUUUGGGCCCUGUUUCAGGCUCUUCCUUUCUAAAGGCCCUGCCUCGUUCAGGCCCGGAAAAACAUCGAAAAAUGUUUCUAAUCAACAAAAUAUCAAAAAGAUCAGACAAUCAAUUGGGGCCAAUUUUUAUAGAAAAAAUUAUUUUCACCUUGAAAAUUGAAUUAAUUUUGAAACAGUAUAAAAUUCCUUUUUACAGAAGGCAAAGUUCAAGUUGUCAAAGACAAUCGUUUUGUUCGCACCAUGGAAGACGGUGCACUUUUUGGUGAAUUGGCUAUUCUUCAUCAUUGUGAGAGAACUGCGACUGUCAGAGGUGAGUCAGGUUUUUCUGGGGCUUUGGAAUGAGCCUAAACAUGCCUAGGCUCCGCCACAUUUUGCAAUUUUGCGGCAUGGUAUUUCAAGAGCUUUAGAAUGAGUUGAGCUCGAGUCUAAUAUGAGCAAUCCAAUGUUUUUUGCAGCCAUUGAACCUUGCAAGCUCUGGGCAAUCGAAAGAAAUGUGUAUCACGCAAUAAUGGUCGAAUCGGCCAGAGAAAAAACAUCGAGUUUCAAGCGCCACCUUAAAUGGUAAGUACGGAGUACUGUAGCUACUGUAGCUAUGCACUACUACAAUAUUCUUGCAGGUCGGCUCGUUUUGGUGGAUAUCCGGAUGAAUUGUUGACUGCGAUCUCGGAAUUUUGUGCCGAAGUUCGAUUUGAGAUACGUGAUGAGAUUCCCGUCAAACCGCAAUAUGUUUAUUUGGUUUGUCGUGGAACGGUGAGUUGGAUUUUGGGAUGUCACGUGGCAAAAAAUUUGAAAAAAAAUUCUCGUGCGCUCAAGAAUCUGGAAUUUCUCACCUGAAAAACAGAAUUUUUUGAAAAUCUGAUAGAAAAAAUGUGGGUUACGUAUUGAAAUUAAUUUUUGAAAUGUCUGAAAAUUUUUCAAUAGCUUCAAAAAGUCUCGAAAAAUUUAAAUUUCAAAAUUCGACCCAAUCUUUACUUAUUUCUUUUUGACACUUGAAUUUUGAGAAAUUUCAAAAUUAAUUUUUCAAAAAUUCAAAAUAUAAAUGUUUUGCUUAGAGACGAUGGAAAAUUGAGAGAGCGCAGACAACACAAUUUGUUUUUGAACAAAAAAUACAGAACCUUUUUUGUCUGUGCUCUCUCGAUUUCCCAUUGUCUCUAGUCUUAAAAAAUCAAAUUUUUAAACCCAACCUUCUCUUUUUGACCCCCCGCAAAAGUUCCCAUGCCCUCAGCUUCAACUUUUUGUUAGCCUAACACAAAAAAACGAACUAUCAUCCGCCCAGAACAUUGUGUAACACAUCCAUGUGAAAACCACGUGGAUCAUCUUGUUUCUUCUCUGCUACUGUUAGGAUACUGUAACCAGGCCCCGGCUGAUUUGAUUUGAUAAGAAGUUUUGGCGUUUUUUGUGCGAUCAAUGAAAAUCUUGAAAGACAAAAUGUGUCCAAUUAAUUGACUAAUUUGAUUUGAUAAAAAACAAAGAAAAUGAACACGCACACUUUUUUGAACAAAUUCGAAUUAGUCGAACACAAAAAGGACAUGUGAUUGAAAUUUGCACCCAGCAAACUGGUUUUUGAACAUUUUUGCUGAAAAUUUUCAGUGUUAUUGAUUUGGUAGAACUAUGUAGCAAAAAAGAAGUUACUGAAAAUCGCCACGUGGAAUUUUUUGUUCAAAAAAAUUUGGAUUUUCUUUACAAUUAGAUUUUCUGAUUUUUCUCUCACAUCAGAGCUAAAAUUGUUCCACGUGUCAUUUUUUCCAACAAAUUUUAGCGUAAAAUAUAAUUUUUUAGAUGUUUAGAAAUACUUCACAAGGUAUUUAUCGGACUUCAAAAAAUCAACGUGGCACAUUUUUCCAAGCCUUUUGUUAGGGUAAAUUGCUAAAAAGUCUUUCAAAAAAUAAGGAAAAAAUUAGCCCGUAUUUUUUCGAACUGCGGAAAUGUUGAAGAUUAUCUAGCUGCUCAUUUUGACACGCGGAAGAUUUCGAGGCUUUGCGGAAGCUCGCGGAAAAGAUCCUAAACUACGAAGUUGCAUGUCAACCCCUUUUUGAUCAUAAAAUAUUAUGUGUUCAAUAAUCUUCUAUAUUUAAGUGAAUGAAUGAUAACAACCAAUUUUUUAUCAACAUGUUUCUCUUUUUUCUUUGGUUGAUGAUUGAUUUUUCCAAUUCAUUCAUAAAAAAUCUGGAAAACAAAAAAUUUCACACAAAUAUUUAAUUUUAGGAUUAUUGAAAAAUUGUUGCAAAACAUAUCUCCCCAGUUUUUUCAUCAUCAGCAAAACAAAAAUCUACAAAUUUUUUUACAUCAGCUGUUGUCUGGGUGUAAAAUGAAAUAUACGAAAAUUAGGCUGAGAUCAAACCUUCAAAAAUCGUAAGCGGGUUUUUAUUUUUUGAAAGUGAAGAACAACACAAAGGAAAAUAAUAUGAGUCACGUGAUGUUUUUUUUGUUGUUUAGGUUGUAAAAAUUUUGCGGUGUUAGGCUAAAUAUAGAUGUUGACUGUUUGGGUCUUUGAACUUCCGGUAUGACCGGUUACGAUUGUUUUCGAAGAUCUUUUUGGGUGACGUCACUAUAGAUUCUGACGCGCUGAUAAUGAUUCUGUUGUCAAAAAUGAGUUAGCUCAACUCUGAACAUGAGUUAUGACGUGACAAAGUUUGGAUGGUCAAUAGUUUCACCCCAAAAACUUCGAAAAUUCAAAAUUCCCGCCGAAAUUGACCCCGGAAAGUUGGAAAAUUCGGGAAAUAUUGAAUUAAAAAAAUAACUCGCGUUCAUAGUUGAGCUGACUCAUUUUUGACAAUAGAAUUAUUAUCAGCAGGUCAAAAUCUACCAGAAAAUUGUUUUUUUUUCAAAGAAAUGUUUUGUGUUAUAUCAAAGAUCUUUUGGAUGACGUCACAGUUUUUCUAGUGUUCAUUAAUCAUAGUAGAUUUCAAUCUGCUCAUCACACCCCCUUAAUCAAAAAUGACUUAGCUUAACUCUAAAUAUGAGUUAUGACGUGGCAACGUUUUUUCUCGACCAUUAGGACAUAAGGCUUCUUUUUAGUUUUCUCAGAUCAGGAUCUUUAAUAUGAGCAAUCCCAUGUUUUUUGAGAUUGCUCAUGUUAACCCCUCAAUUUCGUUUUUUUCCCAUCGUUUGCAAAACUUUCACAUUCCCACGCAACAAUAACAAAAAGUUCAAAAUGAUAACAAAUACAUAACACAUCAGAAAACCGGGCGCUAUAAAACUGUUUUUUCGCACUUUUUCCUUGAGACUUUUUAUUAUCAAAACAAGUGUGAGCACUUUUGUCAAGUACAAAAAACAGCUGAAAAAGAGAAAGCUAGAAAACAGGUGCGGGAAAAGCCACGUGGAAUUUUGAAAAUCUUGGCUGAAAAUGUAGCUGGCAAUUUUUCUUUUGAAAUUGGAAUAAUUUUGGUCCUGGAAUCCAUGUGGCACUUUUUUUUUUGAAAUUUUGAAAAUUAGGGUUUAGAAAUCCACGUUGCAAUUUUUGUUUGAAAUUUGAAUAAUUUUGGCUCAAAAAUCCACGUGGCGUUCAGAUUUUUCUUUUUUUUUCUAGAAAAAAAUGAUAGAGAUCAGAUUUUUGUUCGGAAAACAGAUGUUGAGAUUUAUUUAUUGUUGUUGAUAAGAUAAGAGGUUUUCGGAAGUGUUGGCAUUAUUUUUAGUCAUCCAGAGCGAAGUUUUGGACAUUUUGAUCAGUUUUCUGAAGCUGGAAAAAUUCUUCAUAACUGUAUUUAGGCUUACUUCCACGAAUUUUCAUUUUAAAAAAAUUCGAGAAACUUUUUCUAGAAAAUCCCCAUGAUGAAAUAAAAGACCAUGGGAUUAUUGCAAUAAAGUUAAGGUUUCAAAAAUUACAAAAACAAUUUUGUAUUUAGCGCAACUUCCCUUGUAAAUAAACAAAAUGUAUUCCAAGAAAACACAUGACUAGAUACCAUUAAUGUCCACAAUCAUCUUCAAAUUAAACCGAACUGCUGCUGCUGUCGAAUCGAAUUUCCGAUUUGUUGACUUGAUUUGAGCGCGGGGUACUGUAGAAGAGGCAUGUGAAAAUAGCAUGCGAUGGAAAAAAGUUCAGAACGUUCAUAUAAAUUUUUGUUUGCUAUUUAGUUUUGUUGAUCUAUGACGUGGCAAACUUGAAUCUUAGAAGUCUAGAAGCCCCCAAAGCCUUCUAGCCUAACAUCUAGAAACCCUUUGCCACGUCAUAACUCAUCUACGUGUUCCUUUUGCAAAACGUGACACUUUAUCUCAAAACCAAAAUUUUUUCUCUGAUUUUUCUUGCUGAAAUUUUUUAUUUAUGAUUUAUUGUCAUUAUUAUUAUAUUAUCAAUCUAAAAAUUGAAUGAAACAAAACUUGGCGACGAAAUGCAUUUUUCUGAAUCACGGGGAAAAUCAACAAAAAAAUUCAAAAUAGAAAAAUUACAAAAAAAAUGCAUUUUUGCAGAUCAUUUGCGACGAUCAGGGUGAUAUGCACAAAAUUGAAGCCGGUCAGGAUUUUGAAGUCAGAUGUGGUAGAAAGUGAGUUGUUUUUGGAUUCCGCAUGCUUCCGGCAGCGAUUUGAAGUCGCGGAAAAAUUCGACGUGGAAAUAUGCUGGCAAAAAUUUCAUGUUUUUUUAAUUAGAAGAGUCAUGCCCUAAAGUCGCGACUUCAGAUUGUUGCCGCGUUCGCGGAAGCUUGCUGUAUACAGCUACGCGGAAAAAUUCCGCGUGGAGCUAGAAAAGAGGAUUAUGCUCUUAUGGUUAUCUAAUCUAUACAUUUUUGUUGAAAAAUUGUUGAUGGUUUGGUCUGGUCUGGUCACAUUUUUAUGUACAAUUGUGUACCAAAAAAUAAAUAAUAGCGAUCAAAGUAGAACGGUUUUUGCACGUGGAAAACCAUGUGGGAAUCAACAAAAAAAAAUGAUUUUUUGAAGUCGGAAACUGUGAAAAUGGGAGCUAUAGUCUAGUCUAGCUGAUAGAUUUUAAAGAAAAUAUGAAUUUUGGAAUUUCCCGCUCAAUUUUUCGAGACGCCGAAUUCAAAAAUUCGAGUCUACCGAGCAAUUUCUGGAGGCGCGAAAUUUGAAAAUUCAAAACUUUUUUCCCAAAUUUUCACCUCUAAGUUCCCUAGACAUUUUUUUUUCUGACAUUGUGUACUUUUUCAUUAUUCACGUAGUCAUCAAAAUGAUAAGAAACGAAAGAAAAUCGAUCAAUAUUUUCCUGUUUUGCUUCGAUCAAAGUUCAGUAUGUGUUUUGUUUUUCUAGUCUCUCUUUUCUCUUUUUUCUUUCUCUCUCUGGCAUCUUUCCAGUUGUUGUUAUCAUUAAAUUUUCUCUGUUAUUUUUGCAGUGGUCUUUAGGAGAGAAAGUAAAUAAAUAAUGUGUUUACAGAGGGAAUUUUAAAUCUAGGAUAUUGAGAAAUGAAUUCUGUGAGCCGAGAUCCGGAGCUUCAAAUUUGGGUCGAAAUUUGGAAAAAAAUAAUUUUUCGAUUGAAAAAUUUCUGGAAUUCAAACAAUGAGAUCCACGUGGCAAAUUCUGGAAAUUUGAAUUUCGAGCGCAAAAUUUUUAGCUCAUGAUGUCAUUUCACAACAUUUUGAGAUUCUUAUUUUUUGAUGCCACGUGGCAAAGUUUAGAAUUUCUAAAUUUCAACUGAAAAUCCACGUGUCAGAAUUUUGAAUUUGAAAGUCUUAAAUUUUUAAAAAUGAAAUCCACGUUUCAAAAUCAUUUUUUGAGCUAAACUUCAAAUAUUUUCUCAAAAAUUUCAAGUAUCACUUUUCAAUGAUCAAAGUACACAUACAUUUCACAAUCGUCUUCAGGACAGCACAAAACAUCAGUACACAGAAAAAAAAAAUUAUUUUUUGCACUCCUACACACGUGGGGUGACAUUUGUACUGUACGAGAAGUUUUUUCGUUGCGGUUCAUGUACAAGAAAAAAGAACUGAUAACACUUUGAUAGCACACAUCACGUGGAAAAUGAAAGUGAAAAUUUGAAGUUCACAAUGUCUGCAAAAAUUUGUAGCUUCCUUCUUUUGUUUUUGAUUUUUUGAUUUUUGGAGCAUGUGGUAGACACGUGGAUUUUUAAGACAAAGUGAACGUGGGGGAGUGUGCUCCUUUACUUUGAAUCCUAGAGAGAUAAUGUUGAAUGGCUUAGCUCAACCCUGACAGGAGCUAUGAAGUGGCAAAGUUAAGUGAACCUUAAAAAUUCAAAUUUCCCGCCGAAAUUGAUUUCACCCUAAAUUUAGCAAAUGCGCUCUAUUGAAAUUUCGGCGGUUUUUCGAAAAAUUCAAAAUUUCAAACAAUCUAGCUUUUAUGGCAUUUUUCGGAAUUCUAGACCAUUUUUAAACAUUUAGAUUUUUUCUAGAGUAAUCAGAACUAUAGUCUAGUCUUCUACAGUACUCCAAACUAUAGUCUAGUCUAACCCACCCCCCCCUGUUCCCCCAAAAAUAAUUUAUCUCAAAGUGCAAUCUUUGUCUCGGUGGCAGAUCAAGAUCAAAUACUCAAAAAUUCAUAAGCGCAUAAUUUUUGGAUGUUUGAUCUUUGUUUAUUUAUUCGUCUCAUUCUUGCGUCGCCCGCCUGCACGUAGUUUUAUGUAUUAUGUGUAUGUAUAAUGGACCAGUGCCAAUGACAUGUGUGAGAGAAAAGUUUUGUGAUGUCUGCGUCUCUCCUGGCGAGAGAGUAUUGAUUGUGUUGUGAUUUUGGGUGGCGACAUUUUAUAAUUAUACUUUUGGGUGCAACUUUUUUUUGUGAACCCGGAGGUUUUUUUCUGUCAAUAUUUGAUUUUGGUUAGGUUAAAUAUAAACUUUGGAGUUUUUUAGUUCUUUUGGAGUUCAGGAGCACUUUUUAUGAGUUCAAAUGAUGAAAAAAAAAGUAUCUGAAAAUUCUACGUGGCAUUUAAAGCCGAGCGAAACGAGCUUGCGGAAAACUUUUUCCGAUUUCUGAUCGUCUAGCCUAUCUUCAAAUGCCACGUGGAAAUUUUCAGCAAUUUUUUGUCUCAUAAAAAGUACUUACUUCUCUAGAUAAGAACAAUAAAAUCAAAGCUUCAACUUCGUUUUUUUUCUGUAUUUUCUCUUCACACACUGAAAGACUGUGUAAUAUGACAUUUUUCGCUUUAUUUUCUGAUACGCGCGCAAAUAAUUGAUCAAUGAAAAUACAAAACUUUUUUCUGCUUGAUUUCUAUUUGUUCAACAUGCUCUUCUAAAUAUUGACUGACCCAGAAAGAGAAGAAGAAAUCUAAGCUUCUUUGGAGGAGAACAUUGAUUUUUCGUACUAAAAAAGCGAUAUUUUUGGUCUCGGAACGGAAAAAUUUAUUUUUAUCAGUCCUGGUACGAAAAAUUGCGAUUUUUUCGUGUCUGACCUCAAAAAGUACGUAUUUUCUAUGUCCUACCACAAAAAAUCAAUUUUUUGUACUAAAAAUAUUUCCGAGCUUUUGCUCGUUCUCUCCAUUUCAUCUUCUACUUUGUACGAUUGUUGUUCCGGGGCCCGAUUUUCACGUGCAGAAAACAUGCGUUUUUUGUUCGAAGAAACCAGUUGGCUCAUCUCUCUCCCUCUCUUUUUGCUCCAGGUUUGCUCAUCACUCACUCAUUUUUUCGUUCGUUUUCCGCCCCGAUCAGCCCUUUGUUCUAUAGAUUCUACUAAUUGAUAGAUAUAAGCUGUUUGAUGCGUGGCAAACUGGUGCCACGUGGCAGCCUUACCGCAUGGUUUUUCUCUUUAGCGCCACGUGGCAUUUAUAUGUAAUUUUAAUUUAGCCAAAAAAUUAUGUUAUGGCGGCCGCAAGCUUGCGCGAACGUUGCCACGUGGAUUCAAGGGCUCCCUGAGCUGUCCCGAUUGAUUUACAUUUUUCUAAAUUCACCAACCACAAUUUCAGAAUUUAAAAAAUGCUGAAAAUCUACCUUACGACCGCUGAAAAACAUAUAUAAAGAAUCAUAAAAAUCGUAACAUUUUUCCUCGCCUCUUCCAAAAAUUUUUUGUAACAUUUCAAAUCGAAAAAAAAAUCUGAUUGUUCUUUGUAGUUUGAUCAAUCGUGGAAGCGGGGAAGAGAAAAACAAUUCACGUGACCAGCCCCAGCCAACCAACCAACCAACCCAAAUUUUUGUCUCCGCCCUAUCCUUCUAAUUUUUCUCAUCCCGCCCCUCUUCUCUCUCUCUCUCUCUCUCUCUCACCCUUUUUCGAUAUCAACAUUUUUAGUUUCAGUUUCAUUUUUUGAUGGAUUUCUGAAAGUUUUGAAUAUCCUAACUAACUAAAUUUUAAUUUUUGCAGAGGUCGUUUUGAACGAUUCUUUGUCCUCGACGGACCUUGUCAAUUAUUGAAAAUGCACGUUGAACAGUUAUGUAAAGCUUUGGACACGACGGAUUUAGAUGAUGAGAUACGACCCAGAGCCAGGUUUGUUUUUUUGGGAUGGCCUAAAAACUUACCUCAUAUGCUUAGUUCAAAUCUGAGAUGAGUUAUGACGUGGCAACACUGUUUCACUCAGAUUUUCAAAUCAAAAGCACAAGGGCAAGUUUUCUGAAAACAAGCAGCGCGAGACCGCAACGCACCCAACGACACUUGUCCGAUGAAAGUCAUUUCGUUUUGAAAAUAUUCACGGGUUUCAUGAAAAUCUGAGGAAAACAGCGUUACCACGUCAUAACUCGUCUCAGACUUGAGCGGGAAAUCUUCUUCGAAAUCAAAAAUUAUAAUAAAUGUUGUUUCAGUAGUACAAUAGAAGAGGUCAGUGAUAUGGUCGAAUUGGAAGACUUCAAACGCGUCACCACUCUCGGAAUGGGCGGCUUCGGUCGCGUCGAACUCGUCAAAUCACCACAAAACCGCGUUUUCGCCCUCAAAAUCAUGAACAAAGCACACAUUGUCGAAACGAAACAAGAGAGCCACGUUGUUUCGGAACGUCGAAUAUUGAUGUCGUGCGAUUCGGAUUAUAUCGUCAGAUUGUAUAAAACAUAUCGAGAUAGUGAGAAGAUUUAUAUGCUUAUGGAACCGUGUUUAGGCGGUGAAAUUUGGACGAUUUUGCAUAGAAAGUGAGUGGUUUUCGAAAUUUUCCUCAGGUGGCCGAGAAAUCCUGUCGGAUUUCUAGGCCAUGAUAAUUAUUUUUUUUCGAAAUUUCGCAAAAACCCCGAUUUUCAGAGGAAAAUUCGACAAUGAUCUCACUCGAUUUUACUGCGCUGGAGCGCUAGAAGCGCUCGAAUAUCUCCAUCGCCGCAACAUUGUCUACCGCGACUUGAAACCCGAAAACAUGCUCCUCGAUCGUCAAGGCUACCCAAAACUCGUCGAUUUCGGAUUUGCGAAAAAGCUGAAAAACGGCGGAAGAACUUGGACGUUCUGCGGGACUGCCGAAUAUGUGGCACCUGAAAUUGUGUUGAACAAGGGCCACGAUUUGUCGGUGGAUAUUUGGGCGUUGGGAAUUUUCAUGUGCGAGCUGUUAACUGGAUCGUGAGUGCAUUUUUUCUGGGGAUUUGGGGGAGGGGCAGAAAUCUGGAGCCAAGCAAAAAUCGAUUUUGCUGAGCAAAGUUAGCCUAACUUUUAAUGUCAUAACUCUUUUCAUAGUUGAGAAAAGCUGUUUUUGACAGCUAGAUUGUGAGAAACACGUUAAAAAUAUACUAGAGAAUAUAUUUUCAUCAAAUAUUCUGAAAAUUACGAAGAUUUCUAAUUUUCAAUCAAUUUCAGACCUCCAUUCUCCUCAUCCGAUCCAAUGGUCACCUACAACGCCAUCCUAAAAGGACUCGAAAAAUGGGCGUGGCCACGUUUCAUCACCAAAGAAGCCAUCGACAUUAUGCUCUCCCUAUGUAAAUACGAACCAACCGAACGUCUCGGAUUCGGUGAUAUGGGCGAAAUUCGCCAUCAUUCCUGGUUCGACGGAUUCGAUUUCGUCGAUUUUCGCGCGCAUCGAAUGCGCCCACCAUUCAUCCCAACUGUCUCAUCUGAAAUCGACACUUCCAAUUUUGACAGUUUCCCGAGUUUUGAUAAUUUUGCUGUAGGAGCUGAAGAAUCGGGAUGGGAUGCGGAUUUCUAA